AUGGUAGUACACUUGGUCAACAUAUGCCCUUGUUGUUAUUGUGUGGCUUUAUUUACGCUUGUUGUGUUUCCAUUCGUAGGAUUUUGCGAGGGUAAGUGAUUUCUCGCUUCUCGUCUGCAUGCACUGUCUGCCCUUAGUGGUUGAUUUCUCCUGUUGUGAUGUUUUCGGUUAUUUUUGUUUAUUUAAUUGCAUUAAAUUCUGAAAAGAGUCGUCUGAGUUUCGAUAGCAAGUGAUGCAUGAAAAAUCAUCCUGUAUAGAUCGCAUGAGCGAUUUCUUAUAUGUCUUCUUGAUUUUAUGUUAUGUUCUAAUGCUGACAAAAUACCGAUUCCUUGUUUUGGUUCAUAAUGCGAACAUUUUCAUAUUUUUUACUCGGCUGCAUACUGCGCAUUUGAAAAGGUCUGAAUCACGAGACAAGGUUAAAUACACACCAUCGUAUUUGAUAUGCACCGAUCGCCUUCAAUUUUCGAAACGUACGCUUAACACCUUAUGAAAUACAACUUAUUUCUCGUUGAAAUCAAAAUUGUGCUGUGAACCUCACUAGCAAACUAGUACAUUGUAAGUCUGUGAAUGAACUAUGUUAUUUAUGAUGUUGAUUUCCGACAGUUGUUGCAUUGCAAAUGUUUUGUUUCAGAUAUUGCUCUUUACGAAUAUUUUUUGAAUAGUCAGACAGAAUUGAACCCUUAAAAAAAAAGAGAACAAUCGCUCGUUUGUUAAUUCAUUAGUGUUUUUCUUGCUGAUGAUGUUCCUACAGAAUAGUAAGGGCGUUAUGGCAAUGAGGAGAUGAAGAUAAGUGAUUAUUGAUAACAGUAAAUAAUUCGAUUUGUUGGGCAAUUUUCUGAAUCUUGCUCAAUUUGACAAAUGUUUUGUUGAUAUUGUCGGCUUACCACUGUUCACGAGGUCAAAAGCCAAACAAGCAGGUUGCUAAAAAAUGUAACUUGACUCUCAGAGAGGACGGAGGACGGAGUCUCGGGAUUUCAACACGGGUUGACUUUUGUUCCGGUUACCUUUUAAAAUUUAUCAUUUAUCAACUUCCUUUUUUCGUGAAGAUUGUGUUUUUCGUUUAAUGAUCAAUUAUCUCCUGGAGUAAUUUAAAACCUUAUUAACUACAAGAAUAUUGGCUGAUGGAAAGAUAAUGGUUGUUUGUAAUUGUAAUUGAUGUUGAAAUAAUCACUACAUGUUUACAUACAAAUUUUGACAACACAAUUACCAAGUAUAUCAAAAUUUAAAAUGAAAUUAGCGAACAGUGCAAAUCUUCACAGGUAAAAAAUGACAUUUAGCUUUUGAAUGGAAAUGCAUUGAGAAAAUUAACAUACUGAUAAUAGUCUUUACAAUAGCUAGGAGAAAUGACUCCAUUUUGUUGGUUACAAAUGUAGCAUACUACAAAUGAUGUAUUUGUCCAUUGUGGUUAAGAUUAGUUUACAAUCAUUAGAUUGAAGAAUUUAUCCUAGUUUUGAUUUAAAGCAGAAUGAAGUGCAGUGCUCCAAGCUCCACUCUCUUCCACUCAACUGGCCAUUUUUCCAUAUAAAACCAUUUAAUUGCCUUUGCAAAUAAUUUCUUAACAAUUAAGAAAUUAUUUGCAAAGGCUAUUAAAUUGUUUUAGAUUGAAAAAUGGUUUAUGUAAAUACUCAUGGCUUUAUGUUGGACAUGCAAUUUCUUAUCUUACUUCUUGCUGAUUUUAGACCUGAAACACCAAAUACUAAUGUAGUUAACGCUUGCUACAUGAGCCCUGAAAACAAAUCGUUAAACUGGUGACUAGAGCAAAUUUAGUUUCCAAAAUGUUUCUUUCCCAGCCAAUUGGCAAAAGCAUGUACACUGAAAAGUAAUUUGAAUAAAUUUGUUUACACAUCAGGCCUAUUUUUCAGCCACAUAAAUUGUUUAUUGGGCAGAAAAGAUCCAAGAAUUUUUUAGUUGCUACACAGAAUUAUGCUGAAAAAUUGUGAUAGGCAGAGCUCUAUUUUCUUUAUUGUAUUUUUUUCUUAUCCUUCUUCUGUUUCUUGCUAAAAUUCUCACUUUGAGAGUGCCCCCUCAUUUGGAAGGUCACUGUUACCAUACACUUCAGAUCCAACAUUGUAACUGGCAACCUAUGGUAUUGGCAAGAUGAGUUGCACUUCUGUAUCAAGAAUGCUAUCUACGAUUCUAUUAUUUAUCAUUCUUUUUAAAUAUUCAAUUCAGAUUCUCUUCCAUAUCCUGUUGGGUUAUAUCCAUUUAAUAAAAACUAUGAAACUGCUGAUGCAAGCUGCUACGGUAACUUGAGGGGAACAGGUCACAAUGUUCACCUCGCAACAGGCCCAUUUGGACAGGCAGAAACUGCAUAUGAGUUUGCAGGAAUUGGAACAAGCCAUGUCACUAUUCCACAAAGUCGUCAUCUGGAUGUGAAAACAUCAAUAACAAUUUUAGUUUGGAUAUAUCAAAUGGAUCAUGCUGGUUCUGUCAUACAGUAUUUGAAUAAGGAUGGCGAUGUUGGACUUUACACCUCAAGUACUACUUCAUUGUCUGCAAAGUUUGCAGAUCGAACUAGAAAGUCUUUUUGGUCAGUUAACAAUGGUAAUUAUUCAGUUAGUCUUCAAAAUAAGUGGCAAUACAUUGGAGUUUCUUUUAGCUAUAACACUGGAAUGGCAACCUUGUGGAUAGAUGGUAAAGAUGUUCAGAUAAAAUAUCUGGGCAAGUUUGAAUUAAGCACAGACCAUGAUAUUCGUAUUGGGGGUGGACAAGGAAAAGGAGAUAGUUUCCAAGGACAAAUAUCAUGUUUACAGAUCUAUAAUAGAGCAUUAACGAAAAAUGAAGUUGCUGCUGUGAGGAACAGAUGCGAUGAGCACAGUCUUGGUAGGUUCUUAUAAAGUACUUCUCAUUAUUGCAUUGUGUAUGGCACACUGUAUGAUAAGCUGAGUUAUAAUCGUGCAGUCUGAUUGGUUUUUCCUUAUGAACUAAUUGAGGACACAUGCUUUAAUGAUAUCACCAUUAGCAACAUUUUGCUUUUUUGUCAUCUAAAACAAGUAGAAUUUAUGUUGCUAUGUGUUUGUUCAGUAACAGAUCACAGAAGACCUCGAAAUGUGGUUAGAACAUCAAUGAUAAUGUCACACUUUGUGUGCCAAUUUUUUGUUUCUUACCAUGUUAUCCAUUACAUCAUCUGUGAUCUAUUGAAGAACAGACAUGCGGCAACAUGGAGUCUACUUCUUAAUAAUUUUAUGCAUAAUAAGUGCACACACUUUACUCUGGCAUCUUUUUAUUCACUCUGGCUGUAGACUGCCCGAUAGGUAAAAUUAUCAUACUUUUACAAUGCAUUUGAAGGUGAUCUACUGUUUUUUCCUCCUUUUUGGAAAUGAGCAAUCAUUUUAUCUUUUAAAUGAUGCUAAAACAUUUCCCAGAACACAAAAGGACAGACCAAAACUAAAUUUUUAUUUCAGUCAACAUAUUAAUACAUUGUCAAAUAGAAAGAUGAUGAGAGGAAAGAAAUUUGGUAAUAUACUGUUUGAUUUUACACCAAAAUUUUAAACCCUAAAUUGCAUGAAAUGUAUUAAUUGAAGCAUGGCUGGUUGAAUUUCAGAAUAGCAUCAAUAUGUAGAGUCAAACUAAUAGCUAAGGUGAUUUUGUGCUGAAGACCAUCUGAUGUAAUAGAGCUGUGGUUUAAACAGACUUAAACCACUGUAUAUGUUUGUACUGUAACUAUCUCUGUGUGUUAGGGUAAGGAAAGUUAUUCAGAUAUCUUUAAAGUGAUAUAACAAUCAUUAUUUUAUUUUCUCAGUGACUCCAGUUAACUGCAAUACAAUUGCAGCACCAGGUAGGUUAUAUAUAUUUUUUAUUAUUAUUUCACUUCAUUGUUAUUUAUUUAUCAAAUAAAUCGUGUGAAUUAAUCUAGAUCAUUACUUAAAGUUCUAAAUUAAUCUAAAACUUCUGGCACUAAAAUUACCAGAAGUAAGUAGAAAGUAAUUAUAAGCAUUUCUUUCAUUAAUCCCUGUGUUAUUAUUGUGAAAACCCCACCCCAGGCUGCAAUUCAGUCAGAUGCCUAUCUAAAACCUUAAAGCAGUUUGUUUGUUUCUGCAUUUGAUUUGGUUAACUAACUUGAAAAGUUAUUUGGGCUGCAAUUAAUGAUACCAUUCAUGUGUGAGAGUCUGUCAGGUUAUACUAAAACUAACCCUAAGCAUUCAUUUUACAAAUAUUGUAAAUGUAGAUCUUUUUUUUAGUAUCAUUGAAAGAAGUCUUUGAUUGACUUUUGUUGGAAUUUUGUACUUUGAUUGACAGCUGGAUGUGGUGUUACCAUGACUUCAUUAUCGGAGACAUUCUACUCUCCUGGUUAUCCUAAAGGUUAUCCGUACAAUGCAAAUUGUGUGUGGGAAAUAGAAGUUCCCAGUGGAUUUGUGAUAAGCUUGCAGUUAAGGUAGGUGAAAUACAGUUAUUUAUUUUAUGGCUAGGUAGACCUGAGGUAAAUCUGAGCAUUCUGAUUAAUUCUUACUUGGUCUGUAUUUUGCCAUAUGGACUGUUCUUAAGCCAUGUGUAUUUUUGGUCCUGGUGCCAUAUAAUAAACUGCCUACAAACCUUACUUCCAAUGAUUCAGUCAUUUCUUCCUACAUGAUCAAAUAGGGAGGUGAUGAGUAGAAAAGUGACAUCAGUCCAGGAGCACUGCCUGAUUUUGCAAAGUUUACUUGCUGCAAUAGUUUCAAUUUCUGUGUGGUGUGUGUGUGUGCAGAGUGCAGUGGAGGACUUGAAUGUGGGAGGACUGGGAGACAAAGUUAAUUGAGAAGCUGAAAUGAGGAUUUUAACCUGGUAGCACCUGAUUUCAAAGCUACUGCUCUUAUUACAACUACUAGCCAAUUAAUUAAUCUUAUUGAUUGUAUUUGACCAUUAGGAAAUUUUCUUUGGAAGUAUCUUCCAUGAAGUGGCCAAAUUGCCCAGAUUUUGUUAUUGUUCUUGAUGGUGUCACCAGCUGGUCAGAAAAACUCAAAGCUCUUUGUGGAGGGGCAGAGGGCUGGGAAAGGAAAAUUGUUUCCUCUAAAAAUGGUAUGAGGGUGGAGUUUAAAUCCAACAAAGAUGGCUCAGCUCCAGGCUUUAUGGCAACAUACACAGCAACUCCAGUUGAUGAAGGUAACCAAAUUCUGAAAAAAAUAAUCAAUGUUGAAAAAAAAUAAUCACAAAACACUCAAACAAAAUGUAUUCACAGGCAUCAACACAACCACUGAAUUUGGUGUCAUAUGUGGAUUUCUUCAAUGACUUUGUGCCAUUUGUCUGUUUUACACAAAUUAUAUAAGGUUUUAUGUGUCUGGCUAUUGGCAUGCGGAAUGAUGUUAUGUAAGAUUUCUCUUAAUAAAACCUUUUCCCCAACAAAAUAAUUCACAGUGAUGUGAAAUGUAAACAGGCCCUAAGAUAACAGGGAGGUUAGAAGUGACUUUGAUAUGAUAAAACUAUUUGUACAUAAAGGGUUACAGCUUAUCCUGUUCAAAAGGAUAUACCAAUAACUUCAAUACCUAAAAAUGGACUGUUCAUUUGACCAUUUUCUGCUCUUUUACUGAUGCAAUGUGAUAUGGUUCUCUUCAACCUAGCUUUUGAUUGCUUUUUAGUUUUAAAAGAGGAAGAUGAGGAAAUGAUUGACUUCAGUCGUCACUACACUGGAAUUGUGAUAGGUGUGGCAUGUGCCGCAAUCUUUGCAAUCCUGUCGAUCAUUACAUUUAGCCACACGAGGAGGAGAUUACAGGAGCGUCGUCAUGGCAGCUUGACACAGAGUGGCCGCAGACAGAUCUCUUAUUCUGACAAUGACAUCUUUCAACAAAAUGCUCCACCCACUUAUGAUGAUGGUAAGCAUUUCAUCAUUGUUCUCUCUGAGGCAAAUAUUUGUGAAAUAAAGAGAAUUUACAAACUUGUAGAUGAAAGGAGUCUACGAAAUACAUGAGCAAGUAUGGCAUUUGCAUCUCUUAACAAUAAAAUAGUUGACAGUUAAAUCGUCAAAUUCCAGUUUUAUCCAAUCUUCAUAUGUACAGUCAUUGACCCAGAGUUGAGUUUCUGUAAUCAGAGGAUUGCUUCAGAUGAAGGGAAGUGGUUAAUUAUUAUAUUAGAGUCUUCCUCUCCCCUGUUCCACCCAUGGGACUUGGAAGUUUCUGUCUCAUUCCUUCUCUCUUAGAGAUGAGCUGGAAUAAAGCAAUUCUUCAGAUGAAGCCAGUCAUUCGUGCUACAAUGUUCUGUUUCCAAGAUUUCGGCUGAUGGAAACAGGGCUAGGAGGCUCCCCUAAGCCUAAUCAAAUGAAGAGGUCCUAAUUCAAGUUUAUUCUCUCUAGUGAUGCGCUACCCAGAGCUGUACCCACCAACACCAUGUCAAGGAUCAUUAGCCAAUACUCCGGCAGCGACCCCAAGGAGGGGGUCCCCUGUCUCAACCCCUACAACACCACGCCGCUCUUUCGACAGACAUAGAUCACCAAUGGUAAUUCCGAAAGUUGGCACACCUGUGGGAAUGCCACUUUUUAACCCACGGCAGAGACCUUCGAGUUCACUACAAAGUACCCUGAGUUUUUCUAUGCAGCGUGGUAUUUCCCCCCUGGCCCGAGCUGAAUUGACUCCGCAGCAGUCCCGUCAAGCAGAUCAUCUGUCUUCCGAUGAACACGAUGAUGAUGACGACGAUGAUGAGCUGCCACCAUACCCGGGUAUUACGGGGCAACCUACGAGGGGAGAUUACACUGCUCUUAGUAUGGACGUUGAUUCUGUUUUGGAUCAAGUUAGAGAGACGUUGGAACAAAGAAGGUUCACUCUACGAAAUGGAUCAAACCCUUCCUUAAGUGACAAUAAUUCAGUGCGAUCUCACACCAGUGUAACAGUGAAUGCUCAAAGGAGUUCGCUGCCCUUAUCUGGUGGUCUGAACAAUUUAGGACCACUACAGGAAAGAACUGAACCGAGCAGAACUCCAAACACAUCAAUAUCAAGUGUUGAUGGUAACGGUUAUGCUAAUCCAUGGGUAUCUUCUAAAAUUCCCCGCGGGAACAGAUAUGGAGGUAUCUUAAGAUCUAUUGAGUCAGAUGUAUGAGGUUUAAGUACCGUGCGAUACCUGAUUUCAGGAGCUAUGUGAGGGAAGAUGUAUUUACUAAGAGGCCUCAAUUAAGACCAAACUUAACAGUCGUUUUAGACUUUCUUCGAGAGCUGAAAGAACGAAUCUUAAAAAAUCAUUCAGUGUUGUCGUUUCUGAGGCACUAUAUUUAUGACCUUGCGGUUCAGAUGGUCAUAGAAUUUCCUGGUUGACUCCGUCUUGACAGUAAGUUAAGGGAGAGGAACUCUCCUAAAUUGUCCACAAAGAGAUACGCUAAUUGGAAGGGGGAUCUGUUUUAGACAUGCUUUAUUUAACCCCUUAGAGUGACUAGCAUCUUUCUCCUUACAAUAUCACCCCUGAAUCACACACUAAGGUCAUGAGAAUAACGGAAAUGAUCAUAAACUACAGAAACUCUGUUUUGGCAUGCUAAUUCUUCUUGUCAGCGCCUUUGGAAAUGUAUAGAGAACAGUGUGGAGAAUAUGCAUACUGGUGUUUGGGUGUAAAGGGUUAAAAGGAAGAGGAGGGGAUCUCAUGAGUUGACGUGUAGAAGAAGAUAAGUUUUUCACGUCCGGUCUGUUUAAAUGUUAGGCAGGUUACUUUAAAGAAAUAGUAUUCCAAAUUGUUCUGGUAUUGAUCAAAACAGUUCUUUUCUAUUUCCUUCCUCACUGAAAUUUGUCUGGAUAGAAAACUGACACUGUUUUUUAAUUCUAAGGUUAUAAAGAGGUUACUAGUUUGGUCGGAAGCGGUAUUUGAAAGAUUAAGUGGCUAGAACAUAAUCUCAUGGGUGAAGUUCAUGUCGGACUUAGUUGGCCUGGGGCGAAACAUAAACGAGCCAAAAAAAAGAGCUCCAAAGCUAUCGUAAAACUUACUGGUCUCCGAUGCCCUCCAAAAUCUUCAGUUUUAAGCAGUACUGU